AUGAAGUAUAACCGUUUUUUCCUGCCGAAUGGACAACGCAUUGACCUUCCCCCUGAGUGGCGUAUAACCCUCUACACCGAAAACGCAGAUAAGAAAGAAGGAUUAGGGGAGGUAUCGGAACGUGAAUUACAACUAUCUGCUUCUUGUUCUAGGUUUCAGUUUACCACGCCUACCUUGCUUGGAGAUGUGAUGCAUCUUUCUUCAAUGUCGCUACCAGCCAGAGACGACAUGAAACCUGAGAGCGCCAUUACCAGGCAAAUUGCAAUGAUUUUAUGGGUUACUUUUCUUUGGUAUUUCCAGGAAGAGACGCCAAGUCCGCAUAUCCCAGUACAUGACGAAAGUGAACUACCGGAAAUUGCUCGAGCUACCGGCCUGUGGAUGCUCAAAGUAAAAGAUGAUGGCCUUUUGCGUGGAAAAGACAGAAUGCUAAAACUCGAAAGAAUGGGCUUGUUGGCCACUACUGACCCUUCGGUCGGGUCCCAGGAAAACGGUCAGCUCCUGGGGGACAUGUUCAUCAGCCAACGAGCUUUUUGGCAAUUAGAUCCGAGGAUCUAUCUUUUUACACUUGGCCCCGCUCGAUUCCCCGAGAGAGAUUAUUCUGAUCCACUGGCAUCGUUGGACUCCUUCGGAGUAGGAUUUCCAUUCGGAGCUGGUCCUCAUACUUCUGGAACUUUCAUGCCUUCAUACUAUCCACCAGCUCCUACACAAUAUACUUUCACAGGAGAUUUUAGGCAUCCAGUCCGCCCAAGGGCUCCGCGACAAGGGGAGGUCUUCUAUACGCGGUUUAUCCCCAGUGGUGGCCAGCAUUUGACAUUUCGUAUACCAGUCGUCCCAGUCAAAGGCUCAAGUGCGUUGUCUUCUAGCACCGACCAACAAAGCAACCGGAUUGGACCGAACCUCUGUCUUGACUCCGAGCUCCUAAGUGAUGUGAGGCUCUUUCAUCGAUGGGUAAAUCAGUUCCCUACCCACUCUAGUCUAUUACAGAAAGGUCCUCUGGAAGUCCAGCUGGAAAAUUUGAAAAAAGGCAUGUCGAGUCAAUCGUCAUUUCCCGCACUUGCAUGCUGGAACUCGACUGCAGUCGGCUAUUUCGAGAUAUUUUGGACCCUUGAAGAUUCUCUUGGGCGAUCAGUAAGUGAUGUUGGGGAUUGGGAUCGGGGCAUACGGUUUUUUAUUGGUGACAAUAGAUUCGAUGAUUCUAAGAGUUUGGCGUUAUUUUUAAGCUCUGUCGUUCAUUAUUGUUGGUUGGCAGAUCAGAGAACUUGCGCAGUCUUUGUAGAAGCCCGUGCAGACAAUGAAAGACUUUUGUCCUGUCUCCAAACGAUUGGCUUCUACAAAGAAAGCGAAAUCAAUGUUUUACACGAGCAUGCCGUGAUAAUGAAGGUAAAGCGCAUUACAUGGCUUGCGCCUUCCGUCUAA